AUGUCGCACGAGCAGUCUGAGAAGAAAGGUGCGGUCGAGGUCGAUCCUCAGACAGAAGCAGGCAGCAUCACCGCUGAGGUUCUGCUUGACAAGAAUGGCUUCAGAUUGUUUCCUAUACCGGUUCAAGGCGAUGUAUUGGACCCGUUGAAUUGGUCUUGGUUCCAGAAGCAUACUAUCCUAAGCAUUGUGAUGGCACUGUACUUCAUGUUCACCUAUAUCACCACAACCACAGUUCCCGCCUUUCCUGAGCUACAGACUCAGUUCGAUGCGACGCUCGAGCAGAUCAACUGGACAGUCGCCAUCCCAGCAUUGGGUCUCGCAGUUGGCCCUUUGAUAUGGUCGUCUCCGGCAGACAUCUUCGGUCGACGUCCUGUUAUGAUAAUGGGCACGAUCAUGGCGAUUGCUGCAACGAUUGGUGCCGCAGAAGCGACCGGAUACUCGGGCUACAUGGCUGCUCGAUUCUUCCAAGGGCUAGGAGUCUCGCCUGCUGCCACCGUCGGACUUGCGAUCAUCAACGAUCUGUUUUUCGAGCAUGAGCGUGGUCAAAAGGUGGGACUAUGGGUAUUGGCGAUCGAUCUUGGUCUGCUCACGGGACCUCUUAUCGGAGGCUUCAUCGAUCUCGUCUCUUCGGCAUGGAUACAAUGGCUCACGGCGAUCCUGCUGGGAGUCAUACUCGUUGCAGAGGUGUUGUUCAUGCCUGAGACGCUCUAUCCGCGAGAUCUUAUGCUGUCAAAGCAUUCUCUGGGGCUGGCGGCUGGAGGAGAGAAGACGACAGAAGAAGUGAAGCGGACAAAGACUCUGCCAUAUGUCAGUGUCAAACCUCUUCCCGGUAUGCAGCAUCGCAAGGUCUGGGACACGAUCACCCGAUUCGGCAAGACAUUCAAGUAUGCAGUGGUGCCGAUAUCGAUUGGAGUCUACUGCUUCGGCUGGUAUUGGUGGCUGCUAUCCAUUAUCACACUGAUACCGGUGGCAUAUGCGACAUACUCGCCGCAGAUUCAGGGUCUGCUAUUCAUCGGGUUGAUCGUCGGCACUCUGUUUUCAGAGAUAUUCUGCUCUGGCCGAUUGAGCGAUUGGCUUGUCGUCAAGCUCGCCGCAAAGUCGGGCUCCGGCAAGACGCCGGAGAUGCGAAUAUGGUUGCUGUACCCUGCAGCUCUCCUCACUUCGAUCGGCUUGAUCAUCUGGGGAAUCUCAAUCGAUCGCAACUACCACUGGAUGGUCGGUCAGGUCGCAUUUGCUCUUUUCGGUGCGGGCACGCAGAUGGGCAAUACAGCCGUGACAACCUAUGUCCUCGAUGCAUACCCUCUGCAGAGCAUGUCCGUGAUUGUCUUCUACUCGGUCGUGCUCAAUCUCUCGGCUUUCGUGGACCCUUUCUUCAUUGUGCCAUGGCUUGACACCGCGGGCUAUACGUGGACUUUUGCAGGCCAUGCAAUCAUCACGGCUUUCUUCUGCAUUCCUGCUUUUGCUUUGCUGCACAAGUUUGGAGGCAAGAUUCGGGCACAAAACGGGAAGCCAAAUUGGGUCAAUCCAGAGUUCGAUCAUGAGAUUGUGGACGCGUUGGGGAUGUGA